AUGAGGGCCGAAGUGAACCAGCGACUCUUCAACCCUACCUCGGCAAUCGGGGACAUCACGCGGAUUCUGAAGUUGACUAAGGAAAUCAAACAUCUAAAACACAAGAUCGAGGAUGCAACCGGAUCGGCCUCGGCACAGUCAGAAGAUGAGGAACCAAAAUACAAGAUGGUCUAUCGAUCCAUGCUAGUCCCGGAUACGCCGUGGUCUGAUCUUGGUCAUAUUGCAGAAGAUUCCUAUGUCAGGGCCUUGAAGCAAACUCUACACGGUAUGGCUGACGGACCUCCACGAGGGACUUUUCAAGACAACCAGAUGAAGGCGACCAUGUCAUACGUUAUGUCCUUCGCGAAUUCCUACUUUGGCAGGCCGACGAGGAAGCACUGUGGAAAGCACAGAACGGCAAUAUUGAUCCCUUUCUUCGCAGCGUUCCCUGGAGUUUUGGAAGACGUGACUAAAUUCUUCGAAUUAAUGGGAAGAUCGGAUAUGCUCCAUUUUGUGCGCGACGCAGUUUCUGACUACGUUGUAUCGUGUGACGAAUCUGGUACUCCUGAUGAAGCAUCUGCUGUUAUACUAGGCGGCCCAGUUGUCACGGAUCAGAAACGGCAGGCUAUGACAGCCCACGGAUGGGAUAUACUAUACAGCUAUUUUAUCGACCUUGUUCACCGGACAACCAUCGAAGAGUUCUGGUUUGGGUUCGAGGAUUUGCUGCGCAUCCAGCGCCUUAUCGCACUAGAGACAAUCCCGUUGUCAUUUGGUCGGAUGACAAAAGAUGAACCGGCCGCAGAACGAUUGGCCCAAGAGCUUGUCAAUCGCGUUAAUCGGUUUGUGGUUGUUGUCUACGACAUGGAGGGCUUUCCAAAAUUCUUCUCGCAAAAUGACAAAGACGAAGAAGAUCCUUGGGUUACUCCUCUGCUGGCCGGUGGUCCUGCUGCCCAGGUGCUUUUGGAGAAGGCGAUCCGAGCCUCCAUCCCAGACGAAGAACAGAACCGGUGGGUGCAAUGCAUUACCGAUGAGGACUCACUACACCUGGAUCCCAAUAUUGAUGUCCUUCGAUAUGAAUCGGAAGGCAAUCGAACGCGUGCUAGGGAUGUGUUGGAGAAGCAGCCGAACUUUUUCCGUGGUCUUCGCAAGAAGAAACUCUUUCAUCGAGAAUCGCGGACUAUAUUGAAAAUUCUCUUUGACAUGGAACAAAACAAGGUAAUCACUAUGCUCAAGUCGGCUGAGCCGCUACCUGGGUAUCCCAUCUUGCUACAAGGGACAGACAUAUGUUUAGAUCUCUAUAUCAGCUAUGACUUCAAGCCUUCGACUGAGAGGGCACUAUUGAACCAUAGCCCACCAGUAGAGCGAUAUUCGGACGUUUUCUUCGAUUUUUCGAAAACGAUCCAGGCCGACCACCCCAAAUACUUCCCGGCUCUUCCCUCAGCGGAAGGACAUAUUUCCAAGUGGAAUGCAUUGGCUUUUGAUACGCCGUUUUCUUCUCAAAUGUGGCAGAAUCAUAUCAAUACCGUGCUCAAUGACAGGCUUUCGUUUGCUUGCUUCUGUCAGACUACCUUUGUCGUGUCAGCCAACGAUGUGAGCAGUGCAAAGACAAACCUUAAGGCUUUGCUCGCGGUGAUCAAGGAGCACGAUUGGAAGAUCUCGGUCCCAGGGCCCGAGGAGUGGACCACCGAUAUUGAUAGCUUAGACCUUUGGACCAUGUGGCAGGGACAAAACAACCAGCAAGUUAUCGCUAAAGAAGAUGGGCGACUGGGGCGACUGUGGAUGAAGAUACCCCGCAACCCAAAGUACCCAACUGCAGUGGAGGGGAACCUGCAUGGUGGAGUCGCGAAGAUCAGAAGCCACAUGUCGGUUAGUGGCUGUUCUGAGGCUCUCGCAGACUUCUAG